AUGGUGGAAACAAGAAGCUCAUCAUCAUCAAAACGCACGCUUUCAUCUUCAUCUUCUUUACCUACCGGGGGUAAAAGUAAAAAAUCCAAGAAGGCGACCGAAACCGGAGCAUCGUCUAUUAAGCAGGAGCAUAUUGACCCGCCAGAAGUCCAAUCGGAUCAUCCAGUUAAGAAAGAUGAGAUUCUUGUUAAUGAUGAUGAUAAAUCUAAUGUUAUGCAAGUUGAUGCUCAAUUAGAGGAGCCUGUGAUUAAAGAAGAGACUACUACUACUAGCAAGGCUAAAGUUGAUGAAGGUGUGUCAAACGUUCCGAAUAGAUGGCAGUCAAAACCAAAUGUGAAUGUUGGGGUUGCAUGGGGGAGGCUUCUUUCGCAAUCUUCAAAGAUACCUCAUGUUGCUCUGAAUCGUCCUGUAUUUACUGUUGGUCAAGAUCACCAGUGUGACCUGUGGAUUGGUGAUCCAUCCAUCAGUAAGUCAUUGUGUACUCUUCAACACAAAGAGUCAGAGAGAGGAGGUCCAUCUAUUACUUCGCUUGAAAUCACCGGCGACAAAGGUGUUGUUAUUGUCAAUGGAAAGAGCUAUCCUAAAAGAUCAACUGUCCCACUCAAAGCAGGAGAUGAGUUAAUUUUCAGCUCAUCCGGAAGAAAUGUACUCGUAGUUAUCUCCUUAGCAAUUUACCAGAUAUUUCAAAAGCUAUCACAUGAUGUUCUCACUGAAAGGUUGAGAUCUUCAUUAAGUAUAUUAAAAGCAUGUAACAAUCAUCUUAAAAGGCUGCAGCUUGGGUUAAGAUGUAGAAACCCAUCGGCUGUUGCAGGCGCAUCAGUAUUAGCUUCUUUGUCAAAUGUCCGGAAAGAAUUAUCACUUUUACCGCCUCCUCGUAAUGGCAAUUGUCUACCGCCUGGAAUGCCAAUUCUAUCCUCAGCUCCCGAAGGGCCUGAUAAUCAUGUCAUGGGCGCUACCUUGAAGGAUGGUUUCAAUAAAAAACUUGCUGCUAAUGAAAACGCUGAUGCAGAAACGGGAAAGGUCCACGCAGCAACUCAUGAAUUAGGGCCAUUACUCAUGCUUUCAGGAUCAUCUCCUCCAGAGAUGGACAUAUCAAAACUUACUGGCAAGCAGAAGUAUGUCAGUUAUCUUCUAAAGGAUAUCGAUCACCCAAUCUCGUUAUCAGCACGAUGUCAAGCAUACAAGGACAGCUUAAAACAGUCUAUUCUUGAUCCUAAUACCAUUGAAGUUUCAUUUGAUGAUUUUCCAUAUUACUUAAGCGAAACCACAAAAAGUGUGCUGAUUGCUUCUGCAUAUAUACAUUUCAAGUGUAAUAAAUUUGUUAAGCACACAUCAAAUCUGUCUACUGUAAACCCCAGAAUCCUAUUAACUGGUUCAGCAGGUUCAGAAAUAUACCGAGAGACAUUGACAAAGGCUCUUGCAAAGCAUUUUGGUGCUCGAUUACUCUUGGUUGAUUCUCUUUCAUUACCCGGCGGUUCAGUAGCGAAGGAAAGUGACACAUCAGUGAAGGGGAGUUCAAGGACUGAGAGGGCAAGCUUUUUUAAUAAAAGGGUUACCUGGGAAACUGUUAUGCGUUCAAAAAACCUGGCAUUAAAUGUUGAGGCUGAUUUAGUUGGUGGUGGAUCAAUCUCAGGCUUCCACACUCAGCUGAAGCAGGAGGCAUCCACUGCAUCAUCAAAAGAUUACACUUUUAAGGAAGGUGAUAGAGUUAAAUAUGUGGGUUCCUUGUCUUCUGGAUUUUCUCUUCUGCGAUCUCCCAUAAGAGGUCCAGCAUAUGGAUAUAAGGGAAAAGUGUUGCUUGCAUUUAGUGAAAAUGGGUCUUCCAAGAUUGGAGUUAAAUUUGAUAAACAAAUUCCCGGAGGCAAUAAUCUUGGAGGUAUUUGUGAAGAAAACCAUGGUUUUUUCUGUUCUGCUGAUUUGCUUCGCCUAGAUUCUUCUAGUUCAGAUGAUGCGGAGAAGCUAGCGACUAGUCAACUUUUUGAGGUUAUGCUAGAAGAAAGCAGACUUAGUCCUUUGAUUGUAUUUAUAAAAGAUAUUCAGAAGUCAAAGUUUGGGAACCCAGAAGCCUACACGUCCUUCAAAAACAAGCUUGAUAACCUGCCUUCGAAUGUAGUUGUCAUUGCUUCACAUACUCAGAUGGACAGUGGGAAAGAAAAAUCUCAUGAUGGUGGAACUUUGUAUUCAAAGUUUUUUAGCAAUCACGCAGUUAUGCUUGACCUCUCUCUCUCGGAUAGUUAUAGUAGACUGCAUGAUAGAUGCAAAGAAACUCCUAAAACCAUGAAGUACAUCUCACGCCUUUUUCCGAACAAAGUGAUCAUACAGAUACCUCAGGAUGAAGCAUUACUUUCAGAUUGGAAGCAACAGUUGGACCGUGAUACAGAAACCUUGAAAUCACUGUCCAAUAUUGCUAACGUUCAUACUGUUCUUAAUCGAGUUGGUCUUGGUUGCUGCAAUCCAGAAGUAAUCUGUAUAACAGAUCAAGUCUUGACAAAUGAGAGUGCAAGAAAAGUUGUUGGAUGGGCUCUUAGCCAUCACUUUAUGCAGAGUUCUGAACCUUUCGACAAAGAUGCUAAACCCAUGAUUUCUAAUGAAAGCAUCAAGUAUGGCCUUGAAGUAUUGCAGGGUAUUCAGGAUGAUAGUAAAAACUUAAAGACGAUUAAGGAUGUGGUUACUGAAAAUGAUUUUGAGAAGAGAAUUCUAGCUGAAGUUAUUUCUCCGAAUGAUAUUGGUGUUACUUUUGAUGAUAUUGGAGCUUUAGAAGAAGUGAAGGAUACAUUGAAAGAAUUGGUGAUGUUACCUCUUCAAAGGCCCGAAUUAUUUAGUAAAGGACAAUUAACAAAGCCUUGCAAAGGAAUAUUGCUUUUUGGGCCACCUGGUACGGGCAAGACGAUGCUUGCAAAAGCUGUUGCAACCGAGGCGGGUGCUAAUUUUAUCAACAUAUCAAUGUCCACCAUUAGCUCAAAGUGGUUUGGUGAAGGAGAAAAGUAUGUUAAAGCAGUUUUCAGUCUUGCUAGUAAAAUUGCUCCCAGUGUGGUGUUUGUUGAUGAGGUGGACAGCAUGUUGGGAAGACGCAAACAUUCAGGUGAUUCGAUGCGUAAAAUGAAGAAUGAAUUUAUGGUGAACUGGGACGGCUUGCGCACAAAGGAUAGAGAACGUGUACUUGUACUUGGUGCUACUAACAGGCCUUUUGAUCUUGAUGAGGCUGUUCUCAGGAGACUACCUCGUAGAUUGAUGGUCCAUCUGCCAGAUGCCCCAAACAGGGAGAAAAUUUUAAGAGUCAUACUGGCGAAAGAGGAACUGGUACCUGAUAUUGAUCUUGAAGCAGUGGCUAAUAUGACUGAUGGCUAUUCAGGAAGCGAUUUGAAGAAUCUGUGCGUGGCAGCUGCACAUUAUCCGAUAAGAGAAAUUUUGGACAAAGAAAAGAAGGAGAAAGCUACUGCAUUGGCAGAAAAUAGACCGUUACCUCCUUUGCAUAGCAGUGCAGACGUCCGGCCUUUAAAUUUUGAUGAUUUUAAGAAUGCACAUGAACAGGUUUGUGCAAGUGUGUCAUCCGAGUCGGUUAACAUGAACGAACUGGUGCAAUGGAAUGAACUAUACGGAGAAGGUGGAUCGAGGAAGAGGAAACAUCUGAGCUACUUCAUGUGAUAGAUGCAUUAAUCAAGUGAUCAAAGUGUAUAGCAAAAUCUUUACUUUUGUUCAUCCUUCCUUACCCAAGGGCCGGGGCUUCUUUUUUGCGGUUAAUCACUAGGACCUAUCCAUUUAUAGAAGGCUAAUGAAGUACAGAUCCAAUUUAAUGCUCAACGCUUACCCAAUGUGUAAUGCUAAUUAAUUUUUCAUGUGCUACUGGACUAUACAUGAGUCCAGUUGACAAGUCAUUUUGUUAAUUAUAUAAUAUAUGAUCUGGAAACUUAGGAUCAUGAUUCAUGAAUGUUCUCUCCGGUAAUAAUUCAAAUAAUUAAUAAUGUCUGUUAUAUGUCUGCUUGGAGCGGUACUGGCUCUUUAAGUUA